CUCCACCGGCUUCUUUUUCAUCAACAAAAGGCCAGAGCCACGACGCGCCGCCCGCCGCCGCCGCCGGAGAUCCCCAGGUACCACCCGUGACCCGUCUCCCGAGCCCCGCAUCCGCAGAACCCGCGGUUCCCCCAUUGGCGCUCGAUUUGCUAGUGACUACUACAGCAUAAAAGAAGAUGCCUUCACUUCAAAAAGCGUUGCCUCCAGAACUUGCUGAUAAUGUACUCAGAUUAUAUCGUGAAUGCUUAAGGAGGGCAAAGUUUAUUGGGCAUCAGAAACACAACACAGAGCUUUUAGUUACCAUGGUGAGGCAACAGUUCAAGAAAAACAUGCAUGAAACUGAUCCAGAAAAGAUACAGAAAAUGAAGGACGAUGCUGCAAGGGGCCUUAUCAAUCAUAUUCUGUAUGAGUCCGAGAAGAUAACUGGGCGCAAAUUUUCAGGAUAAGAAAGAAAGUUGAGACAAGACUUACGGCAUGCUCUACGGACAAUAAUAAUAGUUGUUGUGUCUGUUGAAUUAUUUCACCUCUCCAUUACAAGGACCUGCAAAUGCUUCCCUUUAAUUGUUGGGUGCAUGAGUUAUUCCAGCAAUGAAUUUUUAUUAGCCAUUAGUUUGACAAUGUCUGUUUGAUUCCUUUUGCAUCAUAAAUGCUGUGUUCGAGUUGUUUCAGAUAAAUCUACUGGCCAGUUGAUGAAAAUAUUCGGUAAUUGAGAAUGCUCCAAUCUUUUCUAAAA